ACGAACACGAACGACCGCUGGCACGCAGCAAAAAGUAUAAAAAAGGGCAUGAUGACCAUAGCCUCGGGACCAAGAAAAAAUGAAGGAAAAACGUGGCAUCAGCAACUCUCAGACAAAUGCCAGCCAGUACGCAACCAUGUGUACUUCGCGAUGGCCACCUGUGGCGGUGAUGCUGACACCCUACGGGCAACACUGCUGAACUGCGUCAAUCAUUUUUCCGGUGACCAUCGGUGUUGUGCUUCGGAAUCACAAUGCAAGGAGGUUGGGCACGUUUUGAGUACGCUGCUCGUUAAAGAUCCCGUAGCUCUCGAUCUCUUGACAAAUUUUAUCAAGUCGACGACAGUCUACAAGCACGCACACGAUUUUGUGAGGUCGAAGGACACUUUCUACAUCGAAUCCUUCAAUAACACGGUACUCAUGUACCUGGACAAACGCAUCCACUACCAGAACGAGACAUAUAACCUAAGACAGAGCCUCGCUGUGCUCGAUUGGAACGAGCACGUCGGACGAACGAGCACGUCGGCAUACCGCAUGGAGGAUUGCCGGCACCCGGACAGGCAGGGUGGGAAGAAAAACUACUGCAAAAAAAGUUACAGAUUCGUGAAAAGCAUUCGUGACCUAAUCUGCCAAGCCGCGUCCAAGGACAACACGGACUCCUCGGCAAGUUGUUCUCUCAUGGAAGACGACGAUGAAUAA